UUGCAGACCGAGCGCACAAACAUGUUGGCUCGUACAGUCGGCUCGCAGCUGAGGACUGCUGGACGAGCGUUGAGGCCUGAAUUGGCGUUGCAGAGCCGGAUAGCUGCCGCAAGGACUCCCGUAGCGGCACCUUCACGCGGCUUUGGCUGGUCACCAUGCGCUCAUGCCAAGAAGCGAGACUCAAGAGCAGCAUCGAAGGAGGAAGACGACGAUGCCUUCAUCGAUGUUGAGGCUGAAGACGAAGGCGACCUUUUCUCGGUGUCCGACUCUGUCUCCACGUCUGGACCCGUCGAAUCGACAUUGCCGACGCGAGAGACAUUCAGGCAGAGCUACAACGAGCUGGCGCCGCAAGUCGAGGCUAAGCUCAUCGCCAUGGCAGAGGGAAGCACGAACGAGCCACCGCGGCUAUCUGCGUUCCGAAACCUUUCCGGCGCCGCGAGCAGCAUCGAUGAGCUUCGGAACUGUCUCUCGAUUGCUGCGCGAUGGAACGACUUGGGCGAAAGGAGGCGGCUUGGCAUUCACAAGCUGAAUGUCGUCGAUGGCAGGGUCUUUGCCCGGCAGGCUUUGAAGCAGGGCCUACCCGAAUUGGCCCUCUAUGCCGCCCUUCAUCGUGCCAAGACGGGGCUGGACUACGACUUGGCUUUGUUGCGCAUGAUUCAAACGGGCCUCGUCACAAAGCUCGUCCGGACAUCACAGUUGCCGCAAGAAGAGGCUAAAGUGGUGUUCCUGGAGAGCGAACAAAUCGAGGGAACCGUCGAGACGCGCGAGCCAUGGAUGGGAGCGCAAAGUGCGGCUUCAGGCGAGGGCGAGAGCGAGGGAGAAGCGGGAGAGAACCAGAGAGAGGCAACGACAACAGGCGAGGAUGUGGAUGCGCAACGAGGGCUGCUCUCGCUCAUCGACCGAACGCUGGUCCUCACCAGCGCCACGUCCGCCUUUUCAAGGAAAGGACUUGUCGAUAUCUACUGCCUCAUGCUUUCCAUCGACGCCCACCUUCAACCUGUGCAGCCUCAGGAGCCAACCGCUUUUAACACCGAGCAAGUGCGGCCACGCUUGGAGCGCGCCAUCGACGUUCUCCUGAGCACAAUGUCGCAAACAGACCCCACGACUCUACAACGACUUAAUUCGCUCACUGACACCCAGCGUCUGUCUCUUGGCGAGGCGCUCCAGUCUCUUUCCACCUACACAUCUCAAGAUGCGGACGUACUCAGCGUCCUGAAGCAGAUCAAGGCUGCCAACGAUGAGGCAUCGGCGGCGUCCGCGGCGGCCAAAGUGGCAAAGGCAGAAGCAGAAGCAGCAGCAGCCGCAGCAGCCGCAGAGGCAGAGGAAAAAGCACGAAAGGCGGCGAGCGCCUUGUCACAGUCGCAAAGCGAGAGGGAAUGGCUGGGGAAAAAGGAUGAAUUUCGUGUAUAA